GCAGAGCAUGUGACGGUAAUUUUGAAGGACCACACUAACAAUCCCAUGUUAUCUUCAAUCAUUAAAAUAUAUAAACUUCCAAGUGAGCUUAUUUAUUCAUUAGUCAAUACGUGGCAUUCGCAUCAGACCCACUCGCCUCUCCAAAACCCCCGUUCAAGCGAAGGCGGUUAAAUGGGAUGCAAAUCACGAGUUCAUCAACAUAAUCUUUUCACGGCCCGUCAUUUCCUAGUAUUAAUAUCCAAAUCCCACAUAUGGCCACCAAGAUAAUUAAGCGAUAAUCUGGGGAAAUAUGUAACGACUCUGGUAGGACGACACUAAUUUGUGGAGAUGUCUCGGCACAUUGGCAGCCUACAGGGUACAUGCAGGAGUGAUUCGAUGUUUGGUACUCCCCGUCUAUAAAAUGGAUGUUAUACCCAGCAUAUAUAUGUUACCUUAUGCCUUGUUCUUCCUAUCCUUUUUUACUCGGGGUAGUCGCCAUUCGAUUUUCAAAAGUGCAAAGUCCCUCUAUUGCCUUUAGAAAUCCUGCUACAGUCUACACAAGCCAUCAUCAACAAUGAAAUCCGCUGUCUUCCUCUCCCUUCCCUUCUCUUUCCUCCUUCCCACAGGUAUCCAUGCUCAAGCAUCUGGUACUGGUACAACAACCCGCUACUGGGAUUGCUGCAAAGCCUCCUGCGGCUGGCCCCAAAAAGCCACUCUAGCAUCUGGCUCCAACCCGGUCACCUCCUGCGACAUCUCGAACAAUCCGCUCUCAAACUACAAUGCUGUAUCCUACUGUGCUUCUUCCAGUGGCACUGCUUACAUGUGCGGCUCACAAACUCCUUGGGCAGUCUCAGAUACCUUGAGUUAUGGUUUUGCUGCCACAAAUAUCGCAGGUGGAUCAGAGGCGAGUUGGUGUUGCGCUUGUUACAAAUUGACGUUUACGAGUGGCCCAGUGGCAGGUAAACAGAUGAUUGUCCAAGCUACUAAUACUGGGGGAGAUUUGGGAGGUAAUCAAUUUGAUCUCGCCGUAUGUCCAUCUUAAAAUCCCCACCUCACUUCACCAUUUGAACAUCCAACUAACAUUGCACCAGAUUCCCGGCGGUGGUUUCGGUAUAUACAACGCAUGUACAAACCAAUAUCCUUCCACACCAAGCUCAGCCUGGGGCGCCCAAUACGGCGGCAUCACUUCUCGCGACCAAUGCGCCUCGUUCCCGGCCGCACUACAAGCAGGUUGUUACUGGCGUUUCGACUGGUUCCUCAAUGCUGACAACCCGGGUGUCUCCUUCCAGCAAGUUGCUUGCCCGGCAGCCCUCACUGCUAAGAGCGGUUGUGUACGCGCUAACGAUUCUAUCAAUGAGUCGCCCACAGGUCCAGGUGCAGUAUCUACUUGGGCAAGCUCGACCGGCGGUUCUACCUCUGCAGCUGCUAGUACUGGUAAGAGUACAAGUACGACUGCUGGUUCAGGAACGACGUCGAGUUCUACGAGUACUGCAGCGAGUGCAGGAACGGGGUCGCCGGUUGCCCAUUACGGUCAGUGCGGAGGUCAAGCAUGGACAGGCUCUACUGUGGUAAGUUAGAACAAGUCCUUUCUUCCCUAUACAUAGAUGAUCAUUAUACUCCUUGGAUAUGGUCACCGGGUUUUAUGUCCAGAUCGCUAAUACUUGAAAUAGUGUGCGUCGCCAUAUACAUGCUCAGUCUUAAGCACUUAUUACUCGCAAUGCGUGUAAGAUAUUGCUGGACGGGGAAGAAAGAUGGUUAUCUAAGCAAGCAAGAAAUGGCUGGCUGGCUGGCUAGAAUAUCAAGAUUGUACAUACUGCGAUGAUUCUCUGCACAUACGGGGAGGUUUACCAAUACGAUUAAGAGUUUUUCAAUACUGUU